UUAUUCUCGGUACGGAAACGGUGGAUCGUACGAUGGUGACUGGCUGAUGGACAAGAUGCACGGUGUCGGUUUAAGAAUUUAUCCGAGCGGCUCUCGUUACAUUGGAGAUUGGAAGAAUGGCGUACGCGAUGGUACCGGGACCAUGGUGUGGCCUGAAGGUAGCAUUUAUCGCGGCGAAUGGAAAUGUGGAGCGAUGAAUGGUUACGGCAAACACGUGUGGAAUGGAUUUUUCAAUAAAACCUUUACGUGGCCGCAAGAGGCUUCUUAUAAGGGUUACUGGCAACACGGAAAGCGCCAUGGCAGAGGCAACUUUUUACGUUUCACUCUAAAAACAAAUUAUUGCGUUUAUCAAUGCGUUUACUAUAGUAUCUCGAUUGCAUUCAUUAUUAUAGGUGAAAUUAAAUUAAAUGCUGUCGGUGGAGCAAAAUAUUGUGGCUAUUGGAAGAAUAAUGAAAAAGAUGGUUACGGAGUUAUAAUUGGAAGCAAUGGGGAGAAGUUUGAAUCCGGUGCGCUGUUUUUAAACAAUAUUUUAUCUGUAAGCGACAAUCCAGAGAAUGAGACGAAAAGUGAGACUAAAACCAAUACAUCCUUAAUUGUUUAUAGAUUCUUGAAUGAACCGGAGGCACUGACAGACAUUCCGGCGACUCCAAUAUUAAAACCGGAACAAUUCCCAUGUCUAUUCUAUUACAUCACGCGUUUAUUGGAUCCGGAUAGUUUGAAUAAAUCGUCUGUACUGUCUAUAACGUCUGGGAAAUGUUACAGCUGCGAAAACGAGCUUUGUUCCUGUCUAGCUCAUCCAAUUGGAACCGGUUAUUCAUUUUAUAUGCUUAUAAUUGUCAUAUUGAAAUAUUUGAAAAGAACUCGCGUUUAUGUAUGUACAGAAACAAUCGACAGCGAACAGAAGGAGCCUUCGACUCGGAGAAACUCUAAUUUAUCGUCUUCGAACGAUCUAUCUACUGAUUCUAAUUAUUGGAAAUUCGAGGAACAAUGGAUAUAUAAUUGUAUAACUCUUCACAUGCCUCGUCUACGAAAAAUAUAUAACGAUUACGCGAAAUUGUUCGUCGGCGAGUCGCCGAAUUACAACUUGAAAAUGAUCAGACUGUAUCUAUGGCAAUUAUGGAGAGACUGCGGCAUACAUAAAAAAGGACUCGGUCUCAAUGAAAUUGAUAAUCACAUUGGUAUUUGAUAUUACAAGUACUUUUCAUUUUUCUGUUCUUCUAUUUUUCCGUAUUCGAAUAUGUAAUCAGUCAGUUAGUAUAAUAGCAAUAAAAAUUGACUUGAUGCGAUAAAAAUGAUUUUAGCGAAAAAUGAAGCGACUUUGAUGAAAGAUCCUAUGGACCCUUUCGAGAUAAUUGAAAUCUGGCAAUAUUUACAUGCCCUGUUGGAAGUCUCCUGGCAUUUAUAUACAAAAACUGACAAUGGGAUUAUGGAAGUUCAUGAAAUGAAUGGAAAAAUCGCAGCCGGUUUUCAUAAAUUAUUGAACAACGACAUAUAUCCCAAUGCUGGGAAUCGCGUUGGUAUUUGCAUACUCAAUUAACAUUACACUAAUUACCUUAUCAAUUAUUCUCGUUUCUCUCUGUCACGCAUACACUAUAGACAAGAUAUUUUUUAAAUUAUUUUUAUAAGUAACAUAAUAAUUGACCACCUUCCUUUAUAACUAAUUUUUAGAGGAAAUACUCGUUUGAAACUGUUCCUCUCUUUAAAAGGUAAUUUCUGCAACGAGAAUCGGGAUUUAUUGCCUAUUUACUGUUUGUACGAAUUGUAUAAGCGAACUGGAUAUCCGCCGACCGCGAAGGAUCUUCUUUGCUCGACGUGCAUUACAAAGA